AUGGAUAACAAAUUUACUUUACUGGCGGCCGGAUUCGCUAUCUUUGGUACUACAUCCGCGGUGUGCGAUGCUGCCGGUGCCUCGCUUACACUUACCACGGAAGUCGGACAAAAAUGUCUUUGCAACUCACUAUUCAGCGGUGACGCUUGCACCGCGGUUGUAGAACCGACGGCCUACAGCCUUUGUCCCGAUAUCACGGGCUCGAUAGACAAUCCAAACCACGUUACCCUCAUCCAAGACCAUACCACUUUAAAUACACUUGUCGAUGAUAUAAAGAUACAGUGGACAAUUAAUUGGCCUGCCGGAUUUGAUCGUGUGUUCACAUCCUUCAGGGUCGGCACCUGCGCCGAUGGCAAGAACUUAGAGGCCUUCACCCAGACGAGUGAAGACGGGGGCUGUACUGAUCGGAUGGUGUUUGAGAUGAAUAUCACUUCCAUCAGAAGUAUUUGUGGAUUUAAGUAUUCUGUACCGGAUGACGAAGAAAACACGGAUGUUCAAUAUGCGAAUUAUACAGAGUGGAUUGUGUUCCAGUACGAAGAACCUACAGUCGUUGCCGGUAGAAACAUCAUCCGAACAGGGAUGGUAGUCAUCCCAACACGUAUCCUCAUGUUGAGUAGAAUUGAACUCACCACCGCCGAGGUUGCAGUCUAUUCGCCAUUUGCUAUCGAUUCAGCCCUUACGACGCAGGCAAUCGAUGAAGGGUCUACAACGUCACAUCUGACCCUCACCUACGUUCUGAGCCGGCCGUAUACAGUCCUCGCCAUGAACCCCGUACUUCAAAACACGGGUACUGACAACAUAGCUCUGCUCUGUACAGAGGAUCUAGGCGCAGGGUAUUGCGGCACGGACAAUGGGGAGUUCAUAGGAAUGUCAGGCUGUGAUGCGGAUGAGUACACCCUGGCUAACAGCGGGUGCCUCAAAAGAGCGUACAUAGAGCUAGUGCAUGGCCAGUGUACAUUGAAUGGUAUAUACACUAUCUCCGAUGUAGUGAUCGAUUGCUACGAAGCUCUGACCGAAAAGGAUUGCCCAAUCAAUCAACAGAACAAAGACACGGCCAUUGAAUUUACGCUGGCGUCCGACAAUUUCUGCGGUUCAGAGACCGAGCCGGUCACGAUUGAAAACGCCGUAAGCAUUGAACAAUUCAUCUUCAUCGACCCAAAUAAUCGACAAAAAGGUGCAGGUGAAUGGACAGCAACCGAUCUCUUGACCGACGAGGAAGUUAUAAAACCUAAUGGCGACACACCGAAAACCGCGUUGGUAUAUAACUACUAUGCCUACGCUCGAGUAGAUUUUGCCGGGCUGGCCGUGACCCAAGUCACCGUAGUACAGAGUCAGGCGCGAGACAGCUCUGGGUCUAGUGCAUGGACUGAUACCGCAUCCAGUCAAGGAGUAGCCUAUCCCAAAGUUACUGGAGCACUGAUACCCAACAUCGACUACAUAUCCACCAGGGAUGUUCUGGCCGGCUAUGAAGACUCACUCAGCUGUCCCGAGCUUGGCUUGUGUGUGUCGGAUCAGACCUUCCUUGUCCAGUAUUUCAUUCAUCAGAACGUCCACCCGAUUUUUUCCAACCCUGGACUGGGCAACAUCGCCGAGUUUGAACUUCGAUUGUUGCUUGAUGUUUCAUACGAGGACGAUACGCGUCGACGUCGUCGGAGACAAGCGGCUACGAAUGAGACCACCGGAGUUGAUCAAGACUCAACAGCCGAACAGGACGGGAGCGGCCUAGCCAGCGUUACCACCACCGCCGCAGUAGAGGGUAUUGAAAGUGUGGCACAGACAGAUGCAACUAAUGCGGCGGUUGCGGGGCGUGUAGGUUCUCCGGCUUUCACCAUGGCGGCGGUAGGAGCGAUCAUUUGGGCUUGGUGGUGA